AACCGCAGCAAUUAAAAAACGUAUUAUUUGAAGAAUUCCCUGGAAGAACGCGUCAAAUUGAAACAUUAUUGAAUUGGUUUGGCACGCCAAAAGAAAAGACACCACCUGUGAUCUUCAUUCACGGAAAUAGAGCGCUCGGAAAGACAGAACUAAUUAAAAGACUUUUUAAACUUGGCUUCACUUCUCGACAGUAUUCCUUUCUUGAUUGCAGAGUUUGUUAUUCCAUCGAAGAUUUAUUUGGAAUUACGCUGAAUAAUUUAACUGGAGAACAACUUUCUUGCAAAAAUAUCAAUGAUUUUGCUAUGGAAUUGCAAGAAAUAUGCGAAAUAGAUUCUGAAACUAGAUAUAUGAUUUUCGACAACGCGGAUGUAUUGUGGGACUUAUCUUCGACAUUAACACCUGCCUUGAUGACACUUCCCCAAUGGGCAAAUUGGUUUAAACGUUUGUGGAAUAUUUAUAUCACAAGCUCCAUGGGAAAAAUUCAGGAUGGUCGUUGGGAUAUCUGA